AUGGCUGAUUGCAUUCAUGUGGCCCUCAUGAGCGGAAAGCGCGUGAAAAUCGCAGCAAGCACCGAGACCUCGCUUGAGGAGGUGAAGUUGCGUGCACAAGAUGCACUUGAAACCGGGAGGGGUGUCUUGGUCAACUCUCAGGGCAGGUUACUUGCGCUGAAUCAAACUGUUGGUGAGGCUGGCGUGAAACCAGGAGAUUUCUUGACGUUGAAUAUACGGCCGAGUGCGGUCGAGGCGAUCGCCUCAACUGGUGUGAGAGGGGAAGCACUCGCUGCCAUCAUGAGCAAUGAGUCCGUGGUGACCUGGGGUGACCCAAUGCGCGGCGGCAGCAGCUCUCCCGUCCAGGAGCAACUCAAGAAUGUGUGGCAGGUCCAGGCCAACAUGCAUGCCUUUGCUGCCAUCCUGACCGACGGAUCAGUAGUGACUUGGGGCAGGGGCGUUUUUGGUGGCGACAGCAAUGAAGUCAAGGAGCGACUCAAGCACGUGCGACAGAUUCAUGCUACGGAGCGGGCCUUUGCUGCCAUUCUGGAUGACGGGUCCGUGGUGACCUGGGGUGCUGCUGAUGGUGGGGACUCCAGCCACGUCCAGGAUCAGCUCAAGAACGUGCAGCACAUCCAGGCUGCUGAGGCGGCGUUCGCCGCGAUCCGGGACGAUGGAUCGGUGGUUUCUUGGGGUGAAGGUGGCGACUGCAGUAGUUCUAUCCAAGACCAGCUCAGGAAUGUACGUGCAAUCCAGGCGGCCCCCUACGCGUUCGCUGCCAUCAGGGAGAAUGGAUCGGUGGUGACCUGGGGAAAUCAACGACAAGGCGGUGAUAGCAGCAGUGUGCAGCAGCAUCUCAGGAAUGUACAAAAGAUUCAGGCAAACAGCCAUGGCUUUGCCGCAAUCCUGGACACUGGAUCGGUGGUGACUUGGGGCGACCCGGAAAAAGGCGGCGACAGCAGUGCCGUCCAGCAGCAACUCAAGCAUGUGCAACAUAUUCAAGCUACAGAGUGUGCAUUUGCCGCUAUCCUGGGCGACGGGUCGGUGGUGACGUGGGGUUCCUCCGAUUUCGGCGGUGAUAGCAGAGCUGUGCAGGAGCAGCUGAAGAAUGUCAAGCAGAUACAAGCCACCAGCAGCGCUUUUGCUGCUCUCCUUGCAGAUGGAACUGUCGUUGCUUGGGGUGAUCCUGAAACUGGCGGCGACAGCGGCACCGCCGCAGAGCAGUUGAGAAACGUGCAGCAGAUGCAGUCGAACUGCCUUGCAUUCGCCGCCAUUCUGGACAACGGGAGUGUGGCUACCUGGGGCAGUGCAGACGAUGGCGGCGACUGCAGCGCUGUCCUGGAGCAACUGAGGAACGUGCAACACAUCCAGUCUUCGAGGGGUGCCUUUGCUGCAAUCCUGGCCGAUGGUUCGGUGGUGACUUGGGGCGAUUCCCUCACUGGUGGCGACUGCAGCCACGUCGCAGAGCGGCUCAAGGGCAAUUUUGCGGGUUAG